CCAGAUGUAUGUGUGGAAAAAUGCAAGAGAAAUCGGCUCUUGUAAGGUGAGGUGGUCCAACGUAUUGGCUAUCAAUACAGGGAGAUGCUGGUCGGGACUGCUGAUUGUGUUGGGCUCCCUCUGCCCUAGAAGUUCACCGUGUGGCAUUUCAACACACAUAGAAAUAGGACACAGAGCUCUGGAGUUUCUCCACCUUCAGGAUGGGAGCAUUAACUACAAAGAGCUGUUACUUGAACACCGGGAUGCGUAUCAGGCUGGAAAUGUGUUUCCUGACGCAUUUUACCCUGGUAUCUGCGAAAGAGGACAAUUCCAUGAGGUGUCUGAGCGCACUCACUGGACUCCAUUUCUUAAUGCAAGCGUUCACUAUAUUCGGGAGAACUAUCCCCUGCCCUGGGAUAAGGACACAGAGAAAUUGGUAGCUUUCUUGUUUGGAAUUGCCUCUCACAUGGUGGCAGAUAUCAACUGGCAUAGCCUGGGUAUUGAACAAGGAUUCCUUAGGACAAUGGGAGCCAUUGAUUUUCACGACUCCUAUCCUGAGGCACAUUGGGCUGGUGAUUUCGGAGGAGACGUGUUGAGCCAGUUUGAGUUUAAUUUUGACUACCUCUCACGGCACUGGUAUGUGCCUGUGCAAGAUCUCCUGGAAAUUUAUAAGAAACUCUUUGGCCGAGCAGUCAUCACCAAAAAUGCCAUUGUUGACUGUUCAUACCUUCAGUUCUUGGAAAUGUAUGGUGAGAUGUUAGCUAUUUCCAAGCUUUAUCCCACUUAUUCUAGCAAGUCCCCGUUCUUGGUGGAACAAUUUCAAGAAUACUUCCUAGGAGGACUGGAUGAUAUGGCGUUUUGGUCUACUAAUAUUUACCAUCUAACAAGCUUCAUGUUAAGGAAUGGGACCAGUGACUGCAACCUACCUGAAAACCCUCUGUUCAUCACAUGUGGCGGCCAGCAAAACAACACCCAGGGGAGCUCAAUAGUAGAGAAGAAUGGUUUUCAUAUAAAUAUGACUGCAGCCCUAACUGAAGAUAUUGCAAAAAAUAUAAACUAUACCAAAAGAGGAGUAUUCUUUAGUGUGGAUUCCUGGACCACGGAUUCCUUAUCCCUCAUGUACCAGUCUUUGGAGAGGACCAUACAGGAAAUGUUUACUGGCAGCUCUCAGCCACUGAAUCAUGUUUCUAGCCCCUCAGCAUCUUACUACUUGUCGUUUCCCUACGCAAGGCUUGGUUGGGCGAUGACCUCAGCUGACCUCAACCAGGAUGGGCACGGUGACCUGGUGGUGGGCGCCCCGGGCUACAGCCGCCCUGGCCACAUCCAUGUGGGACGCGUGUACCUCAUCUAUGGUAGCAACCUGGGCUUGCCCCUUGUCAACCUGGACCUAGACGAGGAGGCCCAUGGGAUCCUGGAGGGUUUUCAGCCCGCAGGUCGGUUUGGCUCAGCUGUGGCCGUGCUGGACUUUAACAAGGACGGCGUGCCUGACCUGGCCGUGGGAGCCCCCUCGGUGGGCUCUGAGAAGCUCACGUACACAGGUGAAGUGUACAUCUACUUCGGUUCCAAACAAGGAAGACUCUCUUCUUCCCCCAACGUCACCAUCUCUUGCCAGGACACUUACUGUAACUUGGGCUGGACACUCUUGGCGGCAGACGUGAACGAAGACAGUGAACCUGACCUAGUGAUUGGCUCCCCUUUUGCUCCAGGUGGAGGCAAACAGAAGGGAAUUGUGGCUGCGUUUUAUUCUGACUCCAGCCACAGCGACAAAGAAAAGCUGAACGUGGAGGCAGCUGACUGGAUGGUGAGAGGCGAGGAGGACUUUGCCUGGUUAGGAUACUCCCUUCACAGUGUCAGUGUCAACAACAGGACUUUGCUGUUGGCUGGGAGCCCCACCUGGAAGAAUGCCACUAGUCUGGGCCGUUUGUUCCGCACUCAUGAUGAGAAACAGAGCCCUGGACGGGUAUAUGGCUAUUUCCCGCCAAACUGUCAAAGCUGGUUUACCAUUUCUGGAGACAAGGCAAUGGGGAAAUUGGGUACUUCCCUGUCAAGUGGCCACGUGAUGGUGAAUGGGAUCCGGACACAAGUGCUACUGGUUGGGGCCCCGACUCAAGAUGUCGUGGGUAAUAUAGCUUUCCUGACCAUGACCUUUCAGCAAGAUGGAAGGACUUGGAUGUAUGAACUGAUACCUGACUCACAGCCGUCUCUGCUUAGCACCUUCAGUGGAGACCGCCGCUUCUCCCGCUUUGGUGGCGUACUGCACUUGAGCGACCUGGAUAAUGAUGGCUUAGAUGAAAUCAUCAUGGCAGCCCCACUAAGGAUCACAGAUGUAACAUCUGGACUGAUGGGGAGAGAGGAUGGCCGAGUUUACGUGUAUAAUGGUAAAGACGUCACCUUGGGUGACAUGACAGGCAAAUGCAAAUCAUGGAUAACUCCAUGUCCAGAAGAAAAGGCCCAAUACGUAAUGAUUUCUCCUGAAGCAGGCUCAAGGUUUGGGAGCUCUAUGAUCACUGUGAGGUCGAAGGAAAAGAACCAAGUUGUCAUUGCUGCUGGAAGGAGUUCUCUGGGAGCCCGACUCUCUGGGGCGCUUCAUAUCUAUAGCCUUGGCCAAGGCUAAAGGUUUCACAGCCAGACUCUCUGGAAACAGGUGACAGCAUCGGAUGUAUGUGAAAUAGCAGAUACUCUGGUUAUUCACAUCCCCUUCCAAAGUUUACUCCCUUCUCUCCUUUGUACCUAAACUUAUCCCUCACUUGUUUCCUGUGCUCACACUUGCUGUACAAACCUAUUUCCUCUUCCAUGUGAGUACCUGUCUUUCUGAUGCCUGGAAAGGCCUCUCUCCGCUUAUCUCUUAGGGAAAACCUCUGUAACACAGUUCUUCCUAAAAAGUUGGUGACCCAUUCCAAUCAAAGUGAAAUAGAAAGCACAGUAUACGGAAAAAAGUGUGAGGGGGAGAAACAGAGUGAGGAGAAAAGGAUGGGGUUGAAGCAUAACCUCACAACCCCAAAACCAGGUUGUAAAUGAUGGGGUCCUUUCUUAUGAGGAUUAUUGUAUUUUCAAUGUUUCAUAUAGUGAAAGAAAAAUAUAAAAAGUAAAACAUCAUCUUACUGUGCCCUCAGAUGCUUUUGGAGAAAUGACUGUCCUAAAAGCUGAUGACCCUAGUGAUCCUCCACUAGUCUGAAGUCCUCCCACGAAGCCUUGGGUGCAUUAGGCUGCCACAAGCUGCGCCAACAGAACUAGAGCAGGAAGAAGACAUCUUCCUGAGCCAAAGGCGACUGUAAGGGACCAAGAGGAGUGAAGCAGGCCUUGGCCGCCUUUGUUCCUGGGCUGGUUUUAGUAGAGUAGAUCCCACCUGCCAGUCCUGCAGGGUAGCAUAUUUAAGGGGAAAGAAUGUACCACAGGAUUUCAGCUUCACUAAAAAUCUGCAUAAACAGUAACUAGCUGAUUCUCUAUCAGUCGGGGUAGAACCUCUUUCUUUUGACACUAGUGAAAUGAUACGAAAAGCAGGAGAAAAUAAAAAAUGACCAGAGCCCUUCUCUUAGCUUCUCUAGAGACAGUACAGAGACUGGUCAAAGAAGAGUAAAGUUAAAUUAGAACUCAAGGAAAAGCUAGUAGAAUUACAAUUGGGAGCAUCAGGUGAGUGUAAAUACAGGAAAACAGCAUAAACAGGCACAUACCUAGGUAGGGUCUCUGGAUCACGCCUGUCUCGUCUUUCUUAAAGACAUAUACUAGCUGCAUGGCUCCCUAAGGCACAGCAAAAAGCACACAGAAACAUUUGGUUUUUGGUUAACAAUUGUUGGCAGCUUAACCUAUCUGAAGAAUUACUUUUAAUUAAAAGGAAGUUUAUUUUUAGGGGACCAGAAAUUACGCAGUUGUAUUCCCUUAUGAGUUGAGAAGUCCAAGUGUAGAACAAGCUGAUGACACUGCAUUUUAGUAAAGGCAUGUUCUCAGUACUGGAUCUUUUCAUUAGAAGGAUGCAUAUCUUCAUACUACCAUUAUUAUAGAAAGUAUUACGCUUUACUAAAUGAUAGGGCCUAUGUUUAAACAUGAUUAUUCUUUACUUGAGGAUUUAUAUCUUCUCAAUGCCUGAACAUACCAGAUAGUAAGCAACAGGAAGAGGUUAAAAUUUACAAAGUUAGAAGCAGGUUUUCAUAUAGGAUAUUAAACCAUACUAACCCCAUAUUCAAAAACUAUAUAAAUUGUACUCCUACUGUGUAUAUGGAAAAUACGUAAAAACCCAACAUACAGAAAAAAAAAUACCUGACAGUUAUCCCAAUAGGUGGAUUAAAUUUUCACUCUACAAAGUUUUUUUUUUUUUUUUUACUAAGUCUUAACUGUAGUUCUAAGCAUUGAUUC